UUUUGAAAGGCUCCUAGAAAUUGACUUUGUUUCAUUUUACUUAACAUCUUUGGAGACCUCAACAGUUUGUUCAUUCGUUGCUUUGCUUCAGUCCUGGGACUUGGACGUGUAUUUUGGUUUUAAGCCGCAUUAAAUUUGUAACAAGUGGGUCAGGCAUUUCAUACUUGGUUUCCAAAAGGAAAAAAAGAAGAAGAAAAAAGAACCCCCCACCAUUACAUAAAAAGGAUGUGGAAGCACAGGCACUGAAGAAAUCACCCUGGAAUUUCUUCUAAGUUCUUCAGAGCUACUGAUAAGGCCGCACCACAGUUGUCCAAUGAGGCAGGAAUGAAUAAUCAAGCUGGAACAAGAUUUCUUUGGUUAUUACAGACGAGGGCAUCUUGAAGAAUUGUUACACCUGCUAUUUUUUUAUGCCAGGGUAUGACAAAAGUUAAAAUAAGCUGUGUACUACUGCAGAUUUUUUUUAAAAAAAACAAACUUUUAAAAAUGAUGUUUCUCUUUUCCAAAUUUUUGCCAGUUGUUUUUAAAAUGAGUAUUAUCGAUCUGUCAAUUCAGGAGGUCAGAAACUGUCCCAGAGGAUACCAAAUGGGGAAGGAAAAUUCCUCUUGCUUUGAUAUAGACGAAUGUCUGGAAGGUAGGAUCCAGAUUUGUAGCCAAAAUUGCCUCAAUGUCCCUGGAUCCUUUAUCUGCUCCUGUAUGCCAGGCUAUUCUUUGGGAGAUGACAAGAGAUCUUGUCACGUAAGCGCUCCUGUACCAUUCCUAGUUUUCAGCCAAGGAAAUGUGAUCUAUAGAAUAGAUGUAGAAGGAACCAAUCACCAAAGACUGGUAGCUGAUGUUGGCUUAUCAGCAUUAACUGAUUACCAUUAUGAAGCAAAAUAUCUUUAUUGGGUGGACAAAGAAAAAUGUCUUCUACAACGUGUACAUUUGGAUGGUUCAAAUCAAGAGGUGUUGUUUUUAUUUUGGUCUACUGAAGGGACUUUUGAUAGCAUCUAUCGAGCAAACCUGGAUGGAAAUAAAAUACGGAGAGUUUUAAGGAGCACAGAAAAAAUCAAAACCAUUUCCUUGGACUUUAUCAAUGUAAAGCUGUUCUGGAUACAGUAUGAUGCCUUUAAUGAAAUUUCAUAUUUUGGAACCUGUGACUACAAUGGACAUUUCAUCCAGCUAUACAGACAAAUGGGACGAAGUGAAGCUUAUGACAUAUUUAUCUUUGGUGACCAUAUAUACUAUUCUGACUCAAGGACUGGAACUAUUCGGAGAGCCAAUAAAUACACUGGAAAGGAUAUUGUUGUAAUUAACUUGAAACAACCAUUUCCUCAACCUACCGAGAUACUGGUGGUGCACCCCUUAAAACAGAUCGGCAAAAGGAUGGAUUCUAAAGGACUUGGUAACUUUACUUGUCACAAUAAGGAAAAUGAAGAGGAGGAUGGCUAUGGGAAACAGGAAGUCAGCUAUACUGGGAAGAUUGUUGAUGUAGAAAAAGGGACAGACAGAAAGUUCUUCUCAGACAAAAUAAAGGGUUGCAUGAUGAACAGCAAAGAAAACUGGAAUAAAAAGUUCAAGGGGAGACAUAAAAGCAGUAGACCAAUAUCAGAAAGACUAUCAUUCAGAAGGCACAACAGAGAACUGAUUUCCUGUUCAAGCAAUUAUAUUCACUGCAGUUAUGAUUGUGGACAGACACAGGAAGGGCCUAUUUGCUUUUGUCCUGAAGGAUCAGUUCUCCAAGCCGAUGGAAAAACAUGUUCAGGUUGUACAUCGCCUGAUAAUGGUGGUUGUAGCCAGAUUUGUACAUCUUUGGGUCCAACAACCUGGGAUUGUGGUUGCUUUCCUGGCUUUGAUCUCCAGGAUGACAAAAGACAUUGUGUUGCUUUAAGUCCAAAGCCAUUUCUGUUGUUUGCAAACAGUCAAGAUAUCCGUAGCAUUGCUUUUGAUGGGACGGAAUACUCAAGAGUCCUUGGCUGGCAGAUAGGAAUAGUCUUAGGUCUGGACUGGGAUCCGAUGGAAAGUAAGAUUUAUUUUACCCAUACAGACCUGAAGUGUAUAGAGAGAUCUGAGCUGGAUGGCACCAAUCGUGAAAAAGUUGUAUGUGACGCAAGUGAGAGACCAGAAGGACUAGCAUUAGACUGGAUUAAUCGCAAAUUGUACUGGACUGACCCCGGGAAAUGUAGCAUUGAAAGUAGUAAUCUAAAUGGAAUGCAGAGAAAAAUAAUCAUCCAGGAGAAGGUGUUUCAUCCUCAAGGAAUUGCUGUUCAUCCAUUUACCAGGGAACUGUUUUGGACAAACCUAGGGCUCAAUCCACAUAUUGGAAAAUCUACUUUACAAGGCUCAGAGCGUGUCAUUAUAGCAAAUUCAGGCUUGCUUUGGCCCAGUGGAAUAACUAUUGACUACGCUGAGGACAAGCUGUACUGGUGUGAUGCCAAAAUGUCUGUUAUUGAAAUGGCAAACCUGGAUGGUUCUAAUCGGCAAAUACUUGCACAGAAUGAUGUAGGCCAUCCCUAUGGCAUCACAGUUUUUGAGCACCACAUUUGGGUAUCUGACUGGACUAGGCCUUCAUUACUCAGAAUAGACAAGAAAAAUGGCCUCAAGAAGAUACGCCUUGGAGGAAGCAUGAUGAGACCCUCUUCACUGCUUGUAGUUCACCCUUUAGCCAAACCAGGUAUACUGUAUGUCAAGUGUACUUCAGUCUUUUUUCUGAUUAGCUCUAUAUGGGGACUUAUUAGGGCAGUGAUG